UUGUCUUGUUUCUCUUCAUUAGUUAGGAAUGUGAUAACUCACUCUCCGUGUGCUAUUUGUGUUUGGAUCCUGUGAUGAUCUCGAAUCUUGUGUUCGUGAGAGCAGAUGGUUAGAUGAAUGGCUAUGAAAAACCUCAUACUAGAGGACACCGGAACACAAUGCUCUGAUAGGAUGUAAUAUUGGAGUAUAAGUUUCUAUAUUAAUUGCAUGAAGUCUUGGACGGUCUUAUUUUGAGUAUAUAUAUGUAAGGGGUAGAGGGCGUCACAGUGGCAAUGAUCUAUGCUAAAGGUUUGACUCUUUCAUGCCAAUCAAAGGAGGUUCAGAGCACUGGAGAAAUCACCAACUUAAUGAUUGUUGAUGCUGCAAGGAUUGGAGAAUUUUGUUGGUGCAUGCAUGAACCGUGAAUGUGUGUUUUGCAAAUUGCUUUGGCCUUGUUAAUUCUCUAUAGAAGUGUAGGGGUUGCUUCAAUAGCAGCUCUUGCUGCCACUGUAACUGUGAUGUUGCUAAACCUUCCUGUGGCAUCAUUGCAAGAGAAGUUCCAAGGCAAGGUAAUGGAAUUCAAAGAUAAAAGAAUGAAGACUACAUCUGAGAUUCUAAUGAAUAUGAGGAUUCUAAAACUGCAAGCAUGGGAGAUGAAGUUCUUAUCAAAGAUUAUUCAGCUUAGGAAGACUGAGGAGAUAUGGCUAAAGAAAUUUCUGGCAUCCCUCUUGAAUCAGGGAAGGUCUUAUCUGCACUUGCUUCAGAAUUCUUCAAAUGCCUAUCUAUGGUCUUCCAGACACGAUUUCAAUGAUUGUACAAACUAAGGUUUCCCUUGAUAGAAUUGCAUCAUUUCUUCGUCUUGAUGAGUUGCAAACUGAUGUAGUAAAGAAGCUUCCAAAUGAAAAGGCAAUUGAAUUAGUAGAUGGAAAUUUCUCUUGGAAUUUAUCUUCCUCUAACACAACAUUGUAAAAUAUAAAUCUUACUGUUUUUUUCAUGGUAUGAGGAUUGCUGUUUGUUAUUUUA